CUCUGGCAGCAGCUGAUUAUCGUGCGGCAUGAUUAUCUAAACAUUUAUUUGUUUCAGCGACUUGGUAAAACUAUUAAAAAUGAACUUAAGUACCAGAGUUUUGCUAAGCAGAGUGGUGCAGCAGGGCGCCUACAAGCGGAUUGUCACAUACUCCACGAAAACGGCGGAACAUGCUGUUGAAAAUCAGGAGGAACAAAAAAAAGAGGCUCCGGCUGCCCCGCCAACACCACCAUCUCCUCCUGUGAUCCGCAAGCCCAUUAUUCCGGCCAACUAUCGGUUUGUUUACCCGGAAUUCCUGCCCGAUCCCAAGGUGGAGUGGCGCAACCCCAUCCGCGAGAAACUGGAGCGCCUGGACAUGCUGGACCGGCGCAAACAGAUCGAUCUGCCCGAGUUCUAUGUCGGCUCCGUGCUGGCAGUGACCAGUUCCGAUCCCCAUGCCGCCGGCAAGACCAGUCGCUUCGUGGGUAUCUGCAUCAACAGGGAUCGCUGUGGACUGCGUGCCCGCUUCAUCCUGCGCAACGUGAUCGAUCACCAGGGCAUGGAGGUGGUCUACGAGCUGUACGAUCCCACCAUCCAAAAGGUGGAGGUUCUGCGGCUGGAGAAGCGUCUGGAUGACAGUCUGUUCUACCUGCGUGACGCUCUGCCGGAGUACAGCACUUUCGAUGAGAACAUGGAGGCGGAACCGCUGGAGGAGGGGGCUCCGGUGCCCGUGAAUGACAUCAAGGUGGUGCUGCGACCACGUCCUUGGCUGGAGCGUUGGGAGCGCCAGAAUCUGCGCGGCGUGGCCAACAUCGAUGAGUAUCUGAAGGACAAGCAUCGCCUGUCGGCGGCCAAGGUGCAGAAACCAUGGGAAAAGUACGACAUGAUGAAGGAUUACCGCAGCUCGAUUCCCGAGGAGGAGCAGACAGAGAUCUUCGCCGAGGUGCACACGGAACUGCACACCCUGGAGCUGCAGCGCAAGCGCAACAAGCGAAAGCGCACCUUCGUCAAGCCCAAGCAGCUGGCGUAAAUGCAUUUGUUGUCCAUUUUGUAGAUUAAUAAACUCGGAACAUGUUGAAGUACAUGGUUAAAGCCA